AAAGACAGUAGAGAAAAGCCUGCAAGAGUAUCAAACAGCCAAACAUGGCAGUGCUUAGGAUGUGACGGCCCUCUUAGAUUCACCCUUUCUUUUUCCCCUCUCUCUCUCUCUCUAUCUCUCUCUCUCUCUCUCAAACUUGCUUAAAUAUACCAUCCCUCUUUUUAAACCUCCAACACAACUACCCUCACUUAAGGGCUGAGAUGACAGUUGCAACAAGGGAACCUAGUUAAUCUGAAAAAGGUCCCAGAGAGAAAAAUAGCCACAGAGAGAGAGAGAGAGAGCCCAGAAAAUAUCAGAUAAAGUUGCUGUUUUCUUCUGCCAUUGGUGGGUUUUUUGAGCUUCCAUCUUGCUGUCCAUGGAGUUGAAAAGACUUCACAGACUGAUAAGGUUCACCACCAUCGGCAUUUUCUCAAUUUAUGCACUUUUCACCACCAUCAGUUCCACUUCCACUACAUGUCCAGAUAACAACUGUGCCUUCACGGCUAAACUGGAUUCAUAUUUUCAGGAAUUUGGGAAGCACAGUGACAAAAUGAGGGAGCAGAGGAUGAUGACUUUGAGCUUGGCUAGGAGGUACUUGAGUGGACCUGGAUCGUCCCCCCCUCGGUGCACAUCCAAGUGCGGCAGGUGCACCCCUUGCAAGCCGGUUCAUGUGUCUGUGCCGCCUGGGACGCCGGUGAUGUCGGAGUACUACCCGGAGGCUUGGAGGUGCAAAUGUGGCAACAAGUUGUACAUGCCAUGAAAUGAAAUGAAUAUGAUCAUCAUAAGCUUUAUGAUAUUUAUUUUAUUUGUGUUAGUGUCGCGAAGACAAAUUCUAGCUAGCUACUUUUCUAGCUUAUUAUGCUUAUUAGUCAGAAAAAAUGGAUAUUUACAGGACUUAAAUUUCUGUCGAAAUAUAUAUAUACACGUUAACA